AUGGCUUCGUCGGGACGGUUAUCGCGUGAGGAAAAGGGCAAAGGGAUCGCCUGCGCCACUGAUCAGGUCAAUGAUGUUACGGCGAACGGAAGUCCGAUAGAAGACUUCAGUUUGAUUCAUCGCGAUGCCUUGCAUAGGGAGAGGCUCGAGCUGCGCCGAGACUCGGCAACGGAUUUGGCGAGCCAGGUUCUUCCUUCCACGUCACCGUCUCAGAGACCCCCUCUUCAGCAACAGCAGCAUCAGCAGCUGAGACAACAGCAACUACAAGUGGCUCAAUUACAGCAGCGUCCUUUUGAAGCUGGCGUGUGUGUUCGGAGAUUUAUGAUGGUCUUGCAUCGUAUUAAGCAACGACCUGCUGAUAAUUGCAUUACCUUUUGGAGGAAGUUCGUGGCAGAAUACUUCUCACCUCGCGCAAAGCAAAGGUUGUGCUUUUCUCAGUACAAAGGUGCUGGGGACAUGCUUAACCUUGGCGUGUUACCAACGGAUAUGUGGGAGUGUGAUCUCUGCCGCAUCAAGUCUGGAAAAGGAGUAGAGGCAUCGUUCGAUGUGCUUGCGAGACUAUUUGAAACCAAAUAUGCUAAUGGCGGCAUCAUUGAUGAGCUCUUGUCUCUGGACCGCCCACGAGAAUACAGAGCUCUCAGUGGAGUGAUGAUACUAGACUAUAGAAGAGUAGUUCAGGAAACACUACAUGAGCAGUUUCGUGUUGUUCGUCAGGGCCAUCUUCGCAUCACAUUCUCUCCAAAUUUUAAGAUACUGGUUUGGGAGUUUUGUGCUCGGAGUCAUCAAGUGUUUCUUUUUCGCAUACAUAUUGCUCCCCAGGUGAACCAGUCAAACAGUAACAUGGUCUUGAGAGCAGGAAGGCAGCUGGCAAAGUCCACCGGAGGAAAGUCUCUGAAUCAUCUUGGCUAUCCAAAAAAAUAUGUCAGAGCUCUACAGAUACAUGAAGUUGUCAAGAGCAUGAAGGAUCUGAUGGAUUUCACAUAUGACCACAGAAUCGGCCCUAUCGAAGCGUGGAAACGGCUCUCGGAACAGACAAGUCAAGCUCAGAUGGCGUUGAAUCCAGGAAACAACAAGAAUAAUCACUAUCAACUUGUUGGUCGUGGAGCUGUGAAUGGCUCAGCUGAAGCAGCUGCUGCUCAAAGCAUCUUUAUGAUUCUAAAUGCUAUGAAAAAACCAUACUCAAGUCAGAGCCAGAGUCCAUAUUUGUCUCAACAGCGGCAGAACUUAGCAACAUGUGGCUUCCCCCAGAUGCAACAGCAGCAUCGCCCCAACACGCUUCAGCAGACUCAUUCUCAUCAUUUUCUGCAACCACCACAUUCAAAUGGUAACAAUCAGGAGCUUCAGAAGCCGUAUGAGAACCCAAGUGUGCAACAGCAACAAGCCUUUUCAGGUCAAAAUGGUGACAACAGUAACGCAGAGGGCAACCCAACUAGCUCCACUUCCAAUAUCUCAGGAGGAGUCCAAGUUCCAAGCCGCAACAACAGUUCUAAAGCAGACUCAAACAUCAAUCCUCAUUUGUCAGAAGAUGCCACAGAAGCACCUGACGAUUUCUCAGCAGACAACUUCUCCAAGGACAGUGAUGUAUAG